AACCAACUGUCAAAAUACCCCAUUGCGAUACAACCUGCCCUCUAUUUAUACACCUUGAUUACUUCCCAUCAAAUAUUGUGCGAGCAGGCAAGGUUUUUGCUCCAAGCCAGGUGAAAAGCAAAUCGUGCAUAUUUCGUGACGAAUCCUGCAGACUGUGCAGCCGCAAGUGUUUCCGUGCGCUGACGAGCACGCUCAGCAUCGAAAGCCGUUUAACGCGAACCGCGUUCAGCACGGCACACGCGUUCGUACCUCGCCAUCUGCCAUUCGGAUUUCGCAGUUUCCCAUUGCUGCCCGUCGGUGCCGAGAGCUCGAGCGAGAGCGAGAGAGAGCGAAGGGAGCGCGAAAAUUGUGACAGUGUGAAAGAGUGCGCGCUAGGCAGUGCAAGCGAGAGUGUGAGUCAGGGCCGCACACACAGCACACAGCACGUUUUGUUCAACUCCCAGAAGUUUUGCCUCACCGUACGAAAAUGGCGUCGAUAGAUUCCCAGUCGAAAAACCGUAUGCAGGGUUUUAAAAACAAAGGAAAGGACCAGGAUGAAAUGCGUCGGCGACGAACGGAGGUUACGGUGGAGCUGCGCAAAAACAAACGCGAAGAGACGAUCCUCAAGCGACGCAACGUUCCUCAGACCACAGAAUCGACCGACGAGGAGGACUACACACUACAGUCGAACCUGAAGAAGCUGGUCGAGAAGGCCGGCAACAGCAGUGACAAAGAGGGCCAGCUGGCGGCGGUGCAGGCCGCCCGUCGCCUGUUGUCGUCGGACCGCAAUCCUCCGAUUAACAAUCUCAUCGACAGCGGCAUUCUCCCGAUCUUAGUCAAUUGUCUCGAGCAGGACGACAACCAGGUGCUGCAGUUCGAGGCGGCCUGGGCGCUCACCAACAUCGCAUCCGGCACGGCCGCACAGACGAACCAGGUGGUGCGGGCCGGGGCCGUCCCGCUGUUCCUGCGCCUGCUCAACUCGCCGGCCCCGAACGUGUGCGAGCAGGCGGUGUGGGCCCUGGGCAACAUCAUCGGCGACGGGCCGAGCCUGCGCGACUACGUGAUUAAGCUGGGCGUGGUGCAGCCGCUGCUGUCCUUCAUCCAGCCGGAAAUUCCGAUCCCCUUCCUGCGCAACGUCACCUGGGUGAUCGUGAACCUGUGCCGCAACAAGGAUCCGCCGCCACCGGCCGCCACGAUUCUCGAGAUUCUGCCGGCGCUGAACAUGCUGAUCCAUCACACGGACAUCAACAUCCUGGUCGACACGGUGUGGGCCCUGAGCUAUCUGACCGACGGGGGCAACGAGCAGAUUCAGCUCGUGAUCGACAGCGGCGUGGUGCCGAAGCUGAUCCCGCUGCUAUCGCACGUCGAGGUUAAGGUACAGACGGCCGCGCUUCGUGCAGUCGGUAACAUCGUCACCGGCUCGGACGAUCAGACACAGGUCGUGCUGAACUGUGACGCACUGUCGCACUUCCCCAAACUGCUGACGCACAGUAAGGACAAGAUCCGCAAGGAGGCAGUAUGGUUCCUGUCGAACAUAACGGCCGGAAAUCAAUCGCAGGUGCAGGCCGUCAUCGAUGCCGGUCUGCUGCCGAAGGUGAUCGAAAAUCUGAAGCACGGCGACUUCCAUACGCAGAAGGAGGCAGCCUGGGCGAUCAGCAACCUGACGAUCAGCGGCAACCGCGAACAGGUGGCGCAGCUGAUCAACGACGGUGCCGUGCCGCCGUUCUGCGAUCUGCUAAUGUGCCAGGACUGUCAAGUGAUCAAUGUUGUAUUGGAUGGUAUUAACAACAUGCUGAAACUGGCCGGCCCACAUGCAGAGCACGUUGCGAAUCUGAUCGAGGAAUGCGACGGUGUGUCGAAGAUUGAAGUUUUGCAGAAUCACGAAAAUGUCGAAAUUUACAAGCUCGCGUAUGACAUCAUUGAGCAGUUCUUUUCGGACGAUGUUGACGAAGCUGUCCUGGAAGACCUUAGACCGGCAGCUGACGAGAACGCGUUCCAGUUCAACCAGAAUCCGAACAUUCCCCGCGACGGGUUCAACUUCUAAGCUACGGAACAGAAUCACGAAGGAAUGGGAAUGGGAUUCUGCUAUCGCACAUCAGAUUCACGAAAAACUACAAGACACGGAUACUUUAGCGAACGUCAGUAACCAAUUAUGGUGGUGUUUGUUUCGCUCGCCGCGGGCAAGAGACACACCACCAGUACGUCACAGCAGACUCCGAAUACGAACACACAACUUUUAGGACUUGCUUUUGCACGACUGCAGCAUCGCUGAGAAGAAAGAGAGGAGCAUUUAUAUGGUAAAUUUUAAUCUGCUCGGCUAUCUCCCAACAACAGCAGAAAUAGCAAAACAGCAGCAGCAUCAAAGAAAUUCUUUGUUAGGGACAAAUGAGCGAGAAUCGUCCUGUUCUUGUAAUCACUUAUUUUGACAAUAUCAUCUUCACCAGCAAAUGAUUUUGGUGGAAACAGUAGGGAUUGUACAAUGCUCUGCAUAAACAAGCCUGUGUCCUAGUGCGGUCGGAACGGCAGCCCGAUAUCGGGCUGAUCAUCAUCAACGAUGUUAACUUCCAUUUGUGUUUUCUACGAAAAGGUAACUCCACUCGUAACCAAGAGCGUGUUUUAGGGUAAUGUAGCUCGAGAUGAUGAAGACGAUGAUGAUGGGUCACCGCAAAAGAGGAUGAUUUAUGAUUUAGGACCAAAACCCGUAAUUUCGUUGACGUAUUUAGUUAAUUUCCUACCGCGAAGUAUAUUGAACAUCCCAUCAUCAAAAUGUCCGGUUAGCAGGAUAUGCCUAACCUUCAGCUUGUGCGUUACUGGUUACAAGCCAACCAGAAGAUAGAUAGUGUACUUGUAUAGAGAACUUUUGUUUUGGACUAAUUUCACGUUAAAAUUCAUUGUUAACUCCCAGAGAGAACUAUCUGCUGCAUAAGCAAUGAAUGUGAACUUCAUUGUAAACAAACAAACACACCCACACACAUACCCUUUGGGGGGUGUGGUUCGGCUAACAGAAAACCCUGGAACUCUGCAACCGACAUAAAUAUCGAUAUUUAUUGGAA